CAAAUUCUCACUUCACCCUCCAUCUCUUUUUGAACUACAGAGCUUUCUAUUUCAUUGGCGGUCCCAGGUGGCCACGAAUCGAAAAGACUUGUCCGGCAUUCCAGAGAACAUCACAAGAUUCGCUAAUAGUGUCUUUCGUCCAACAUGUCGCAAGAUGAUUAUGAAUACUAUUCAACACUCACUUUGGACGGCCCUACAAUCGGAGCCCGGGAUGAUCCAUUAUCCUCGCCUAGGAUCUCCAAUCCCCAUAUUGCGACUGAAAAGCCCAAGCCAAGGCGUAAAAGGGUAACUCUCGCUUGCGAUUCAUGUCGUGAUCGUAAGACACGGUGUGACGGCGUCCGACCGAUAUGCGGGCCCUGCAAAAGAAGGAAGAAAGCCUCGUGCGACUUCCAAGAGGAUACAUUAAAGCCCAGUCGCUAUGCAUCCAAGUUGGAGCGUCGGAUUACUGCUCUGGAGGAGCAGUCUUCCAAGGCGAACAUGUCGGUCAGAGAUGUCGAAUUAGCACACAAGGAGGCUUCAAAAGGGCAAAGGACGCCAAAUGAGCCCAACCAAUGCAAGCUCCAGCCUAACGACAGCCCAGUCAACAGUGUUUCCAGAACAUCUGCCGGUUCUGGAUCCGUAAUCUCAGAUUUGACUUCAACACGCAAGACAGCUAAGCCCAAGCGACAGUGGUCUACUGCUUCAGAGCGUCGCGCCUCUCAAAAUAUGGAUGCCAUGGUUGCUAUUCCAUUCUCAGCUAAUUCUAGAGAUGGAUACUAUGGCAAUUCAUCGUCUGUUGCCUUCCUGAAUUGGGUUGUAAAAAGCGCGCAAACCUCUGCGAGCUGUGGAGAACUCCUCCCAGAGCCAGCUCAUUUAAGUCAGCCACCUCAUGGAUACGACUUAGAAGAACCUCGACAUAUCGACGCAGCUGACUUCGAUUUACCACAACGGCGGGUUGCUGACAGCCUUGUGCAAACUUUUUUUCAGCUGGUCCACCCUCUUUAUCCCCUCCUUCAUCAACCAACUUUCAUGGCUUCCUAUGAGCAGCUAUGGACUUCGUCGUAUAACCCAGUAGAUUCAGCGAUAAGGAGUGACAUACAAGAUUCAAUUUUCCACGCCAUGUUGAAUCUCGUUUUUGCCAUGGGCUGUCCAUUUUCUACAACCAUACCACCGCAAGAUAGAAGCUCUCGCGCCAGCAAAUUCUUUCGGAGAGCGCAGGGAGCCCUAUCAUUUAAUAUCCUCGAAGCGGAUUCUUUGCCUUCGGUGCAGUUUCUCUUGCUCACCAGUCUCUAUCUUCAAUCGAUCAGCCACGCUCAUAGAUGUUGGAAUACUGUUGGACUCGCUAUAAGAGCAGCUCAGGGCCUGGGACUACACAUGGACGAUGAAUCCUCCCCUUGUCCACCAAGCAGGCUGGAAACCGAAAUGAAGAGGCGAAUAUGGCACAUUUGUGUUACCCUCGAUAGAGUGUUGGCUAUGACAUUUGGCCGUCCUACCAUGACAUCACAUAAAUGGACUGUACAACUUCCAGAGCUCAUAGACGAUGAAUAUCUGACAGAAGCGAAUCACCACGGUUCUAGUAGUGGUCUCCAGCCAGCAACGGUUACACCCAGGAUUGGAUGCUUCAUUUACACGCUCAAGUUGUUUUGUAUCAUGGAUGAUAUACUUUCGGCGUUCUAUAAUAUACCGGAUGGCAUGGAAUCGACGAACAAACCUUCUGAACGCCAGCUACCAGACCUGGAUUUUACUAGCAUGGUGGAACUGGAUAGGCGCCUGAACGAGUUUGAAGCUGCAUUGCCGUCCUGGCUAACACCAUCGGGGUGUGAAACCACGCCUGAUGCGACACAGCUAGGCUGCAACGCUCUCCAGGUAAACGUCUUACGCGCGAGAUUUUUGCACACUAGACUGUUAUUAUUGCGCCCAGUGUUUCUCGCGUAUGUUCAGAAGUGUGCCGUGGAACGAACAAAUCCCACAUCAACCGGCAUCUCAGGUUUUGAUCAACAGUUUUAUCUAUAUGGUUCAAAUCGUUGCAUCGCCACGUCACACGACAUCAUUUCGCAUCUUCAUGCAAACAUAACCAGCCUCGCACAGCCUGCGCCGUGGUACGUUGUAUAUUUUACUCUCAUAGCUGCAACUACUCUUUUUGCGGCGAGACUAGGUUCUAGGAUCUCUGUCGAUAGCCCAGCAGCAACAUUUGACACUUCUUGGGAACGAUGCACAAAUAUCUUGAAUCACCUCAAGGGCUUAACACAAUCGGCUGCACAAGGGAUUGCGGUCCUCCAAUCGCUUUACCAGAGAGUUUCUACAUCUUCAGUUGGUGGGAUUGAUGCCUUUGAUGACCAGCCUGUUGAGCGAUUAGAUGCUUCUGGAGAGCCACCAGUCUCAAGCGCAUUUUACAUCAAUGACGACCAUGUCAGUUCUAUACUCAGGAAUCCUCUAACCGGCGAAGACUGGUUUCGCAAUACUAGCUUGAAUCUAGAUUGGUUGGAGUUGGAAUUGGAAGAGUCAAUUAAUUAAUUAAGUAGCUUAAGAUGCAUAACACAUAUAAUUGCUAUUUUACCACUGC